ACAACAAAAUAAAUAUAAAAAAACAAAAUAAAUAACGCAAAAAAAUUAACAAAAAUCAAAAAUGACUUCAAUAGUUCCGAAUUUUAUACCACCGGCAGGAGUUCAAGCCGACAUACCUAUAUGGAUGAAAAUUGAUUGGAGUCCCGAAAUAGAGCAUGGCAUCUACAAGGACUGGGGCUCGUACUACUCGGGCCGGCGAAGGGAGAACAUGGCCAUGUACUACUACAACAAGGCACUCUCCAUGCUGCCCGAGGACCAUGUGACCCUGUACCAUCGGAGCCAAACUAAGCGAAAAAAUGCUCAGACCGAAGGCGCUCUUAAGGAUUGUACACAGGCAAGAAGGAUUUUGGAAGGACUUAAGAUGCAAAAUGCUCCAAUUAAUUUGGAAAUUUGCAAUGCUCUCUACGAACUAAAUCACCUUGAGAUUGCCAAGGCGGAAUUACACCAAAACACUCGGCUGUUCAAAGGAACCAAGAUUAAAUCAUUUGAGAAACGUCUCGUUGUGGUUGACGAAAACAUUAAAAACUGUUGUGGAGAAGAGCUGGCACAGUUUGUCAAUGCGAAUGAAAAGCUGCUAAUCCAUGUUAGGGAAAGGGACCUCAAGGCACGCAGCUAUGAUCAAAACAAACCACUGUGGAAACAAUUAAAAGAACAAGACAAAUGCGAUGUUCUAAGUAUUCCAGACAUCGAGGACGAACUACUAUCCCCACUGGAAAUCGCAAGACGAAGUCGGGCAUUUGAUGUGUUCAAUCAAGUUUACAUGGACAAGUCAUGGAUCGAUGUGAUUUUCUUGAAGAAAUUGCUCAGGAACCCAACAUUGCUGCUUGACCAGUGCAAAAACACUAAACAUUUUUUGGGAGCUCUAAACAAAAAGAAAUAUGAUGAAUUAAAGAAGUUCUUGAAAAUGCUACAUGCUCGUGCGCCCAUGUACUUCAUCCGCUACAACAAAUUCACGAACAAGAAACUGAUGGACAAAUUUCGGGAGGACUACCUCUUCCGAACGGAGUACCAAACAAGUCGAAAUAUGCGCGUGGUAUUAAGGAAUAUUCGAAAUCUUCGUGCGGCUGGCAACGUUGCGAAACUAUCGAGGUACGUGGAGGAAGUCAUGGGGAACUACGUGGUUUUAAAAACUGAUCGAAUUAUGCCAUGGAAAUUUGAGUUUAUGAAUGAAGUGUACAACACAUUGGCGCUGGCCUUUGCUGAACAGUGCAGAGUCCCUCACGACAAGAAUCGUCAUAAUGACAAGAAUGCUCUUCUGAAGCUACUUCGCCUUCCUACGGACAAAUCGUGGGAGGUUCAAAAUUUUGUAUUUGGAGACCGCUCCACUCAUCAGGGUUUGGAACUGUCAGAUCCAACUCACUCAAAGUCCAGACAGCUGGUAAGUCGAUUGGAAAAACGAAUGAAGUUUGCCAAAUACUCGAUCGAGAAGUGCUAUCUGUUGCAUCAAAUUGGUUACACUCAUCUCAAAUCAAAUCGCUUUGAUGAAUGCUGCUUUGCAGCCAGAAAGGGCAUCAUAGAAACUAGGAACUGUAAUAGCUUGAUUUGGCGUUUUCUGUGCACUCUUCUCAUUAUUAAGUCAAAUGCAGCACUCCAAAAGGUUGAACGCACCAAGGAAUCACUGAUGAGGGCUCAGAAAAUGUUGAGCGAACUUGCUUCUCCUCAGCUCUCUCAUUUUGUGGAUGUUUGCAUAGGGUGCAACGAAGAUGUAUUCAAUUUAAAGAAGCAAAGUGGCAGCAUUGCAAGCCGUCGUCAAAGUGCUACUUCCAACCGCUCGUCCAACCGCACGUCGCUCUCACGCAGCAGCUACAUACACAUGUGAACAAAAAAUGUUUUCUGACAGCCAACAUAUUAAAAUUCGAAGUGCGAAAUUAACAUUCCAAAAAU